GCGCGUCCAAGAGGGGAGGCCUGGUGUGGGGACGCUCAGGUGCCGGCGUGGGGCCCCCUCGGAGGCUGUGAAUCUUUUGGACCCCCGAAUGUAAAUGGGAGAUGGUAGGGGCCGGUCCGGGGGCGAGAGGUUUCUGGCUGGGGAACGUUGACCCACACCAGGUCCCGUACAGGAACGGAGACUCCCUAGCACCGUGAGAGCCAGCUUCGUAAUUCUCUUGCUCUUCAAACCUGAGAGUAGGGUGUUGCUCCGUUACCUUCCAUUCGUGUGCAGGAGAGAAGAGUACCCAGAGAAGGAGAAGCCAGCAAAGGAGACGACACAGACAAGACCUCAGAGAUCAAAGGAAGAGGCCCCUUAAUAUCCUGGAAUAAUGGGACCCAUCCCCGUAAUCAGUGAAUCUCAUCCACCCGCUUGCCAGCUUCUACCGGCAGCAAGUAGAAGCUAAGUCCUGGCUCAAAUCUCUUCCCUCCCUCCCUCUCCCAGCUGUCAGUGCUUUUGGACUUGUGCUCAGAUACAAUCCCUGCCCUUCAGGAAUUCAGACUCAGAGAAGAAAAAACAGAGUGAAAGAAAUGCAGAACUAUCUGCUGGCCAUGAUAGAAGCAAGGAAAAGGUUGCUUUGGAAAAGCUUAAUAGCAAGUGAAGUAGUAUUUGAAGCUUUUCAUCAGUUGGCUCAUUCUUUACUCAAGAAUAAACCUCAAGAAACGUCAUCAGGGUCAGAAUGACAACGGCAACACGACAAGAAGUCCUUGGCCUCUACCGCAGCAUUUUCAGGCUUGCGAGGAAAUGGCAGGCGACAUCAGGGCAGAUGGAAGACACCAUCAAAGAAAAACAGUACAUACUAAAUGAAGCCAGAACGCUGUUCCGGAAAAACAAAAAUCUCACGGACACAGACCUAAUUAAACAGUGUAUAGAUGAAUGCACAGCCAGGAUUGAAAUUGGACUGCAUUACAAGAUUCCUUACCCAAGGCCAAUUCAUCUGCCUCCAAUGGGCCUUACCCCACUCCGAGGCCGGGGACUUCGAAGCCAAGAGAAACUGAGGAAACUUUCCAAACCAGUAUAUCUCAGAUCUCAUGAUGAAGUUUCCUAAUCUAGAGGAAAGUUUAUUUCUGCAAAUGAUGAGCCAACUAGUUAUUGAAUGUAAACCAGAUGGCAAAACACUUCUUGAUUAGGGGCAAAAAUUCAAAUGUCUUCUUAAAACCUCCACAAUUGAUUCUCCCCCUGUGAUGUGCACUUAGAUAUCCCUAGAGUUUCUCAGCAUCUUUCUUCCUGAGUGGAUGGCAUUAUCCCUAGAGGUCAUGGACCUUACAUCCUCACUGCAGUCACCUUUGGAAACAAGACCGAGGCCUGUAGAAGGAAAGUGGAAGGGUGUAAGAGCUGUUCAUGGGAAUUCCAUUCACCACACAUGCCAGCUGAUGCAAAGAAAUUUGCCAGUCACUGGAAGUUACUGUGGCUACUAUAAAACUAUGUACCACUCUCAGAAUAUUCUUAGGCUUUUUUUUUUUUUCAAGUUAUAGAUUUGCUUAAAGUGAGGUUUUUUGGUGUGUGCUUUUUUGUUGUCUUUUGACCCUUCCAGUUUCCAGACAAACUUGUCUUAAAAAGUGCAUCAUUGGAUUGACCAUGGUUUUUCAUGAAAUUUUAUGAGAUUUCUGCCUUAACAAAAUGCAUAUAUUCCUUAUCUUAAAGGCUGUCAUUACUUAGGAUGCACUUAUAGGAUCUGAAAAGCUCACUUUAAACUCAUACUACAUUCAUUACGAGUAUUUUACGUUAACAUAAUUGAAAAGUACAAGGUCCAAGCUGGCUUUCAAAUUAUGUCUAAACAGAAAUGGGACAAAUAGACUUGAAAAUAGAAGGGAUUUAUUCCACCCCUGCAAGGGUAGAGUCAGGUGAGAGUCCCUUGGUGAGUCAUUUGUACAUCAGUGUCAUUUCUUCUUAACCUCUGAAGAAGAUGGGCAUCAGAAAUAAAGACAAAGCACUAUCAA